UUUCUUGGACCCUGCUGGCUAAGCUUUACAUACUGGAAAAUAAUCCUGGUUUGGCUAUUGAUUUGUUCUCCAUAUGGUGGACUUCAAUUCUCCCGAUCACGUGGCACUGGCAACGGCUAUUUCAGCUUGCACCAUGUUAAAGUCUUUGCAACAAGGGAGAAAAUUUCAUGAUAUUGCCAUGAAAUAUGGAUUAUACUCCCACAUUCUGGUGAGCAAUUCACUCUUGAAAAUGUAUAUUGAUUGUGAACGAAUACAAGAUGCUCGGGAAGUUUUCGGCAGGAUGGUAUCUAAAAAUAUAAUUUCUUGGACGGAAAUGAUUCGUGGUAAUGUGAAGAAGGGACGAUUUAAUGAGGGCUUGAAACUGUUGAGGCACAUGAAUGGAGAUGGAAUAACACCGGAUUCCCGCUCAGUUUCUACUGUCCUCCCCACUUGGGCGAGAAUGGCUGCUCAUAAGCAUGGGAAAGAUAUUCAUGCUUAUUUGCUCAGGAAUAGAAUUGACCUUAACAUUACACUGCAGAAUGCUGUUAUGGACAUGUAUGUUAAAUCUGGGUUCAUAGAAUUGGCAUCAAGGGUUUUUACAGGGAUGAAGGAGAGAGAUGUUGUUUCCUGGACAGUAAUGACAAUCGGCUAUAGCUUACAUGGACAAGGAGAGUUAGCAGUAGAAUCAUUCCAGAAAAUGGAGGAGGAGUUGAGGAUAGAAAUAGAUCAAUUCCCGGAAGCUGCUGCCCUACUUGCCUGCAAUGCUGCACUCAUGGUUGACAAGGGAAGACUGUACUUUGACCGCAUUAAGGAACCCAAAGUAGGACACUAUGCUCUAAUGGUUUCUCUUCUUGCAAGAGCUGGGCUCUUCGAUGAAGCAAGGAUCUUCAUUGAGGAGCAAGGGAUUGAAAGACAGGCAGAGGUUCUCAAAGCAUUGUUAGAUGGGUGUAGAAUCCACCAGCAAGGGAAAUUAGGUAAGCAAGUAAUCAAUCAGCUUUGCAAUUUGGAACCUCUUAAUGCUGACAACUAUAUCCUAUUGUCAAAUUGGUAUGCCAACAAUGAUAAAUGGGACAAGGUUGAUGAAAUUCAACAGUCAAUAAGAGACAUGGGUUUGAAGCCUAAAAAAGCCUAUAGUUGGAUAGAGCUCAAAAAUAAAGUUCAUGUAUUUGGGACAGGUGAUGUGUCUCACCCGAGAUCAGAGCGAAUAUAUUGGGAGUUAAAGUGUUUGAUGAAUGAAAUGGAAGGGAAAGGGUAUAAACCUAUUACUGCUUUCAACCUCCAUGAUGUGGAUGAAGAGAGGGAGUGCAUUCAGAUUGGGCACAGCGAGUUGUUGGCAAUUUCUUUUGGGCUUAUCAGCACACAAACUGGUACUACUAUACGUGUUACGAAAAACCUUAAUGUAUGCUGCAGUUGCCAUGAUUUUUCUAAGUUCAUUUCUAAGAUGGUGAAUCGAGAAAUCGUACUUAAGGACCCCAAUCGCUUUCAUCAUUUUAAGAAUGGUUCUUGUUCAUGCAGGGAUUUUUGGUAAAUCUCAAAUUCCAGUCAAACAUUUUAUCGAAUUUAAUUAUAUUGUAGUCUAA